CGCCUUGCAGAGGGGAGGGAACGAGGGGAUCGCUUUCAGGUCAGUCAGCGCAGCUGAGCCGACAUGAGUCACAUGACCUUGCUCGUGCUUCCGACCAUCGACGCACCUGCCGCAUGUCACCUGGACCUGAAGUGACAUGUGCUCUCAGCUCUACUAGGCAGACGAGGACAGCGACAAAUCUCGGAGAAUGGUCCUCCAUUCUGCAUGCGCCUGCCCGUCCGUCGCUGGUUCGAUAUCAUUUUGAUGAUGGCGCCUACUGUGUAUAGUAGUCCCACAGCGGCGAGUGGCAUACCCCGGAAGCCUCGCUCUCGUGGCCUCCUCUCCAAGCUCAUUCGUUCCGCAGCCCUCGCCGCCGGUGAAGAAGUAGUUGCAUCAACUAUCACUCGCGUAAAAGAGGACAGCCCAGGCUUCACAUCACGCGUACCCAAGAUGGCUGUCUACGGGGCCUUGAUAGACACCACAGUCACACAUCUUCUGUUCAAGUGCCUUGGAGUCGUCUCUGAGAAGAUGCGCGGUAGUAUAGGACCAACUCUGCAGCUCGUCUUGACGUUCAUCAUUGUUACUCCGAUUCAGAAGCUCACGCGUCUCAUAAUGGUUGCGUACACGACUGGCGCUAAGACUUACACUAGAUUAAAGAAGACCGUGAAGCGCGUUUUCCUCCCGUCCCUAGCGGCGCUGGGUUUCCUAGCGCCGGCUAUGGUAGCCUUUGCACAGAUCUUCCUGCCCGAGGGGGCGCGCCCACUGUUCUUCCAGUACAUGGCAUUGUUUAUUAGGGUGUUUGAUAACGUUCUCGUGAAGAAGGCCUUGCGAAAGAUAGGGAAAAAAGAGAGAGAGAGAGAGGGCGAUAAUAGGCGGACAUCGAGGACAUCGUCAUCAGUGAUAUCAAAUGACAAACGGGUUUAGAUUCAAUGUCUCAGCAUGCCUGUCAUAGUCACUGAAGGUAGGCGUUGGGGUGUCAUUGCUGACUUCUGUAACAUAGUGAGGGAAAUAUAUACAUAUAUAAUUACUCGCCAAUGCCUAUACAUACGACCACACCCAGUGGAAAA